AUGCUACCCCGUGAGGAGACAGAGCUCAAGCGCAGCAUCUUCGAUGUACCUCGGAGAGCGAAGCGCCAGCAUAUGGUGGAAGCUGCUUUGGGGGUCCGCACCCUGGAGUUCGGUGGCGACUGCGCUGCUGGCCUCAGAGUGGAUGCCUCGCCACUGCUUCCGGCGGCCAUGCGGGCAGAGGAUGUCACUGUUGGUGAAGCUGAUCUCUACGAAGCCCUUAUGGAGAACGAUUGGCUGCCCUGCGUCGUCCUGGACUACAUCGAUAGUGAGGAGAUCAUGGUGGAGCUCUACACCCCCGGCAGCUUCCACUGCGAGAAGUUGGGCCGCACUGGGCCACACCGCACGUCCCUGGCACGUCUGCGGCGGCGCCAGUGGGAGGUCUGUCGUGGCGAGGUUCUCCGAAUCCCGGAUGGGGCCACACUGACACUGCGCGAGGGUCAGCGUCUCUGGGUCCAAUCUCGUGGGCCAGGACAAGAUGAGCCAGCUGGACGCCUGGAGUUGGGCGAGGAGUCAUCGUUUCGCUGCUUCGGCGGGACGGUGGAGAACGAGGGCAUUUUGGCCUGCUCUGUGUCCCUGAACCACUACUCCACCGGCCGGCGGCAGUAUAAGUUCGAGAUUGAAAGCACCAAGACAGUCUUGGUGGACUGCAUCAACGGGAUUCCGGACCUGCCACCAGAGGAGCGCUCCGUUGCACUCCAGUGCUUCACCUGGAUCUUCGAGCGCGCCUACCGCCAAAUGCAGCUCCGCACACUGGGUGGCCGAGGAUGGUAUUUGGCGGAUGAGGGCCAGGUUCUUUCGGUUGAUCCGCCGGAGACCUCUCUCGGCCUUCCUUCGCUGGCUCCACGCGUCUUUCUCUACAAAGGCUUUGCAGCCGCCUCCGCGUAUGUGGCGCGUGGGCCGUGUCUGAAGGUGGACAUUUCCGUCCGCCUCAUUCAGGGCCAGACGGUGCUGGACACGUUGAACCAUUUUCGGGACUGCCUUAGACAACACUACCAGCAGACCUACUCAAGGGAGCCAAGCAAGGAGGAGAUGGAUGGCUUUCUGCAGCGGCAGAUCGCUGGACGCACCUGCAUGAGCCGGCACAAUCAAAUCCACUACCGCAUCCAGAAGGUUUGCAUUGACAAGGACCCGACUUCCACGUUUCCCUUCGAGGAUGGUGAGAUCACGUAUCUGGAAUACUUCCAGCGUCGUCACGGCAUCGUGCUCCAACCGCAGCAGCCGCUGCUCUACUGCCCUUUCCGGGCCAAGGCUGAGGUCUACCUGCCAGCGGAGGUUGCUUUCCUCACCGGCUUGGACGACGAGUGGAAGAGCAACAAGGAGUUUUCGCAGGGCCUUUGGAGGGGCCUUCGACAUCCGCCUCGAGAGCACUGGCAGCUCCAGGGCAAGCUCAUGCGCGGCCUUGCGGAUCCAAGCGACGGGCAGGCGUUGCGCGAGUGGGGUGUCCAGGUUGCAUCAUCGCCACUGAAAGUGCGCUUUGGCCAGCUGGAGUACGAGCCCGUCUACUUCAAUCGCGAGGCUGAAGAGGAUUUCCUGCAGCUGCGUGAGCCACCAAAGGAGCUGCAGGUUCCGACGUCCCCUGACGGCUUCGCGCGUCGGCCCUGGCCGGAGGUUUGGUUGCGGCCGGGCGAUGGCUUAAGCUUGGAUCGCUGGCUCAUCUUUUGCAGCGUUGACGACGAGGAAGCAGUCGACCGCUUCGUGGAGGAGUUGGAGCCGAUGGUUGGCGAAAUUCUCGACGCUUCGAAGGCUUGCCUGGAAAUUGCACGGCCGACAGUAGUGACGGUCGCCGCAAACUCGCCGGCAGGAUGGGUGCGAAAGCUGACAGCCUUCGAGCCGCCGUGGCGAAAGGAGCUCACGCGCUUCGCCUUGGUCGUCUUGCCAAGGACCAAGCGCCGCGAGCAGUACUACUACCAGCUGAAGAGCUUGCUGACCUUCCGUUGGGACCACUGCUGCCCAACUCAGAUGGUAUUGGGCAGCACACUCCAGCGCGAGUUCCAGAGACCCCAGGUCUUCAGAAGCAUCCUCCAGCAGAUCUUGGUGAAGAUGGGAGGUUUUCUCUGGGCCAUCUCUCCGUUGCCUUACCUCGGGCGGUCCAUGAUGGUCCUGGGCCUGGACACCGUGAAGGCAACGAAGGAAUCGCCGAUGCUUCAAGCGCUGAGCGCCUCGUGCAAUGUCUACUUUACCAGCUACUUUACAACCUGGCGCAUGGUCCCGCCGGGGGAGCCCGUGCUGCCUGGGCCCCUAGUUCGCGAGGCGUUGCGCCACUUCGUCACGGUAACUGGCCGGCCUCCGGACACUGUCGUCGUGUUCCGGGGAGGGGCGAGCGAGAGCCAGGAGUCCACGCUGACGGAGCAAGAAGUCCAUCAUCCAACGGAGGGACUGCUGGUGGCCCUUCACGACGUGGCGAAGGAGGUGUCGAAAUCGGUGGAGUAUGAGAGCUGGGCUUCGCGGCUUUCGGUUGCCUACAUCAUGGCGCGCAGGAGUGUGAGCACCCGCUUCAUGACCGAAGAGUGCGAGAACUUGCCGAGCGGCAGCUAUGUGGAUGAAGGUCUGGUGCCAGGUCACUCCUCCGAGGAAGGCUCUACACGUUUCGACUUCUACCUCGUCUCCCAGACCUACGUCAUUGGGACUGCCAAGCCCACCCUGUACUCCGUGCUUUACAACACACUCACCUUCUCAAAGUCGGAGAUCAUCCGCCUCACCUACAGGCUUUGCGCAGUGUACAUGACCUUUGCCGGCAUGGUGUCGCUGCCCGCGCCCUUGAAGUACGCGGCCAAGGUCCUGAGCCUCCUGUCAAAGUGUGGCCAACUUCCGGAGCAACCAACAGGUGAGGUGCGUACCUGGAGGCCAAACCUCUUCUUCGUGUAA